AGGCUCGACAGAACCUCCACAGCCUCGGCAAACAUCCUCGUCUUAUCCACUAGAUUCACAAGUACAUGACAAACUCUGGAGCCUAAGCCAUGAUCGUCCUCUCAAACCACGCUCCUCUCAGCCCGAGUCUGCUCCUCCUUCUGUUCCACCUCUCUUCUGUCCUCUCCAUUCCUGGGUCGCCAGUACUGUGUCAGUCCACUCCCUUUAUUCCGGGUCACAACCUGGCAGGGGAGGGCUAUAAUAUGGUCACCAUGCGCCGACAAGGAGCCUACGUGAUUGAUGUGAAGACCUAUCUCAACUCAAAUGGCUCGUGUGAACUUCAACAUAAUCCUCUUCAAGGCAACAAGCUCCAAAAGGCACCUCUCUCUGUAGUGGAUUGGCGCUCGUACAGCCGCUGUGCCACAAACCUCUACAGCAGUGUACACACCUCCAUCAGCUCACUACUUCAGAAAUACACCGACCAGGACAGCACUGAGUGGAAGCUGGGACUCGAUUUUUCCAAAUUUGGUGGCCUGGAUGUCGGAGGGACGCGUUCCAAUGCUUACAGCUUUGCUUCAUCCAGGACCAGGGAGGACCGUCACUCCUUCAGCAUUCACACAGUCACCUGUAGUCAUUACAGCUACCGACUGUCAAACAGGCCACCUCUAAGCUCCGAGUUUCAGAGGGAUCUGGCGAGUCUACCUAAUUCCUACACUCCUUCAACCAAGGCUUCAUACAGACUGAUCAUAGCGACCUAUGGCACACAUUAUAUCAAUAAGGUUUAUCUUGGGGGAAGAUAUCGGCAAUUUUCAGCUAUACGUACAUGUUUGUCCACACUGAACGGCUUCACUUCAUCCCAGGCACACAGCUGCCUGUCUCUGGGUAUCAGAUUAGGCCUGGGGAAGAUAUCACUGUCCCCAUCUGUUAAAACCUGCUCCAAUGUCCUAGAGAACAGGGACACGGCCACUUCGUCCAGCUCUGGACUCCACCAGCACUUAUCGGAGGUUAAAGGAGGAACAGGUUGGAUGGGGGAGAUAGCACUCACCCAUAACAACUCCGUGGGCUUCCAAGAUUGGUUGAAAACCCUCAAGGAUCACCCUGAUAUUGUUCAGUACACCCUUCGACCAUUGUAUGAUCUGGUGCCAAAGAUGUCACAGAAGGUAGGAUUGAAGGCGGCCAUUCAUGAUUACUUCAAAGAAAAUGGCAUCAAGAGCUCGACCACAAGCCUGAACUGUGGCAGUAGUUACCCUAACCUGGAUUCCAGCUGCUGUCCUAGACGGGCCCGCAAGGGAUAUCUGACGGUGACCAUCGUCAGAGCUUGGGGUCUGAAAGGAGAUUUAAUCGGGAAGACUGAGGCGUAUGUUAAGAUGUGGUACGCCAACCAUUACCGAAGGACCCACAUGAUCAGGUCCAACUACCCUUACUGGAACUCAAGAUAUUAUCUCGGCAAUGUGGACACACACUUGGGUCUAAGGAUUGAAGUCUGGGAUAAAGAUGUGAGUUUUGAUGACCUUCUGGGAUCCUGUGUGAGGUACCUGAGCAGGGGGACACAUCGUUUCACCUGCUAUGCCAAGAAUGGUGGCAUUGAGAUCCAGUACACUCUCACCUGUGAUCGUCACCUGACUGGAAACCAAUGCCAGCAGUACAGACCAACUCCAUAGAGAUGUGCAAUGUGGAUGUUUGUUCUUUUAUGAUCAUCUCUGCAUAUAAGAACGACUUCUCAGUCAGUUGGGGGUUUGGCAAAAAAUCAUGUUUUACACCUUUUUACAUGCUGAUUCUUGUGGUGGAGCCAUUUUAAAGAAUUUAUCUCAAGCUUUUAUUUUCUUAGAUUUUUCAAAACUAGGUGUCUGGUAUAUGCAAAUAAAUAUUUUUGAAAUACA